UAUUUAUAAGGCAAUAUAAUUAAAAUGCUUUUUCGAUAUCCAAACAAUUUUUGGUCGAAGUUUUGCCUUAGAAAAAGUUUCGAUGUCCGGUCGAGGUGGACUUCCAAAAAAAUGAUAUUUUAAGAGUAAAAGUCUCCCUUUCCAAAUUUACGCAUAGCGAUUUUCCAUUUUGGACUAAAAUCGUAGAAGAUGAUAGUGUUUAACUCAAAAAAAUUAAAUUUCGAAAUAUGAAUCACGCUUUACAUUGUACCUUUCUCCGUUAUAAUAAUUUUAAUUUGCAAGAAAAUAUAUUAUCAGAAGUAUUUUCAAUUACCUAUGCAUGAAAUCGUGACAUCUAUAUAAUCAUUCAGUUCUAUAACUCAGUAGGUUGUGGCUUCGAUUUUCAGAAGUAAAAAAAUAAAAAUUCAUGGAUUUUUAAAAUGGCAGUCAAAAAAGUUGCAAAAGCUUAACCCAAAAGAGUCUAUCAGAUCCAAAAUACUGAGCGAGGCAGAGUUUAAAAACUUAGGUGAAGCUGACCACAAGUCAUAUUUAUAAAAACCUUUCAAUGACGUUCGAAGAAUUCUCUCACUCUUGCGAAGUAAGCAGAGUCAAAACUUCGUGGCCGUGCUCUAAAUGUUGUUUGAGUCGCUUCUGAUCUACAGAAGACUAAAGAUAAUUUUUAAUAAGAAAUCUUAACAUAAUUUUCUAUGCGUCAUCUGCUCUUGAUCAAUGUAUCUGAACUCUUCGUUCGCACUCUUUUUAAUAGACUAUUAAACGAUCCACCCUAAUGCACAAGUCUAGUCUAAUAUCGGCAUAUACAUAUAUAAAUAUUGUAAUUGUACAAAUAUAAGUCACGUCUUUCGCAAAUCAUUUCCCAUUCGAAUAUCAGAUCAGUUGAAAUGCAGUUGGUAUUUACACUUUUGAUUUCUCUGCUGGUAUUUUUGGACUCGGUGCACAGCACAGACUACUGUAACCCCGAUUUAUGUCGCCAUGGAACGCAUACCGCCUGUAACAAUGAUGGGCAAUUCGCCGCAGUUUGCAGAUAUCCGAGAGUCGUAGAACUAACAGCCGCGCAACAGGAAGCUUUAGUCAAUAUGCACAAUGUGAAACGGAACUGUGUGGCCGGUGGUGAAACGAAAUUAAAGCCAGCUUGUCGCAUGGCCACCAUGGAGUGGGACGACGAGUUGGCCUCUGUGGCGGCUUUCCAUGUAAAACGAUGCGAAGUCGAGCACGACGCAUGUCGCAAUACCGACACCUUUUUGCAUUCGGGUCAAAAUAUAGCUUGGAUGAAUUUCUAUGGAAGACCAAAUGUUACAAUCAUGUCGAAACGCGCAAUUAAUUUGUGGUAUAAUGAAAUUAUGGACACCGAACAGGCAUUUAUCGACAAAUAUCCACGUAAUUAUGACGACAACCCCAUAGGUCAUUUCACCAUUAUGAUGGCCGAUAGGAAUAUACGUGUGGGCUGCGCUUCGAUCAUAUUCCAAGAGGAAGGAGAUGAUUUCGAAGGUUUCCUUAUAGCUUGCAACUAUGCAACGACGAAUGUUGUAAAUUUCCACAUUUACAAAUCUUGUUCGGAACCUGCAGUUGAAUGUGAAACCGGUAAAAAUCCAGAUUUUCCAAAUCUUUGCUCAACAAGUGAACAAUACGAUGUCAAUAAAUUUGAAUAGACCAUGUGAUUUCAAAUAAAACAAAAAUUUAUGAAUGUCUGAGUGACUAAUGCACGGUGGGCUGUAUUUUUAUG